AUGUUGGGAAGCGUGGGAUACAUGAAGCAUAGGAAGUGUCUGGCUGAGGAGUUGGCAAAUGUCUCUCCGAUUAGCAUGCAAGGCUCGUUUGGUACCAACGUGCACUACUGGCAAAUCACGUCCAUCAGAUGCACAAGCGUUCCCAUGCGUAGCCUCAGCAGGCCGGAAGGAAAGGCUGCAUUCCCUCCAAGAUCUUCAUCAUCAGAUAACUGA